UAAUUAAUUCUCUGUUUGACUUAUUGUGAUCACAUCGUGAAAAAGAGUUAUUCCCAAAGUAACUGCGUUUGACUUGUAAAGAACAAGCGARAAUGCAGCAAAGGCUGCCAUUUCUGUUUCURACYGGUUUUCUAGUAUUUCUGUCSUUAAACUGUGCUAGCUUUGUCCAUGGCGUAUCRCGAAAUGAAGAUGAAGAGUUACGCGAAGGAGAAUUGGGUUUCACAAACACCUGGGCUGUCGAGCUUGACACAGAAGACGAAGACGUAGCCAAAGAUAUUGCUAAACGUUACGGCUACGAAUAUGGAGGCAGAAUUGGUUCACUUCCAAAACAUUUCAUGUUUAUUCGUCGAGAUGAUAAWGAAAAAGCUCUUCUAAAUGAAGUACAACAAGACGAGAGCGGUGGAGAAUCGAACAAGAAUUACAAAAGAGUCCUUGAAAAACAUCCUAGGGUAAAGUGGGCUGAGAGACAAGCUGUUCUUCAGCGAGAAAAACAGAUAGAUAAACGGCACUGAGAGCUCUARUUUAUGYAUACUGACUUAACMUGAACGGUGAGUUUUGCAAGUAGACGUUGCAUAAAAACAGCGAGCCCGGAAUGCAGUCCCGAACUGUUUCAAUACUAAGUUGAUAAAGCUGUAAAAUUCUCGUGAUUCAACAACUAUAUCUUAUAGUUUUGUAGGAAAGUAAAUACAAGCUUUCAAUAAGAUUCRUUUUUUGAAAUUAUAUCAAUUUAAGGACUAGCUCUUUCGACUAUAUAUAGUAUUAUGGUCAUUUCGUCAAGUUUAAUCCAUCUUACUGCUUACAGAUCAUGCUAUGUCAUUUUCAAGGGCGAUUCAGUACAGUCGUUUGGUCCUAGAAUAGUUGAUAUUCUAAGUAAAAAGCCAUUGUGUUACGAAGAACAUAAGAUUAUUAUAGAAUCUGAUGAUGCGUGCCAUGGACAACAGAUGAACAAGAACUGCAUGCAUCAGUUUAAAUUGACAGCUAAAGAAUAAUUAUUUUGAUUAAUAUAGACAUCUUUUGUUAACAAAAUGUAAUUAAGAUAUUACUGUUUUCGAGUUAUGACU